AUGCCAGAUACCAAUCAAAACCAACAAAUGUACCAUAUCCAACACACAGACUUGGAAGACUUUGUCCGCCAAAUUCUCAUCGCCAACGGCACAUCCUCAGAAAACGCCUCAAUCGUAUGCAGAUGUCUAGUGCAAGCUGACCUCCGCGGCGUCGAUACCCACGGCAGCAACCGCAUCCCGUCAUACAUGGAGCGCAUCCGCCAGAAAUGCCUAGACCCGAGCGCGGAGUCAAGCCUACGCCAAAUCACACCCGUCGUAGCCCAGGUAGACGGGCACAACGGGUGGGGAUUUGUAGCCGCGCACAAAGCCAUGGCGCGGGCUAUUGACAUGGCCCGAGAAUUCGGCAUGGGCAUGGUCUCCGUGAAACAUUCGAACCACUUUGGCAUGUCGGCGUGGUUGGUCAAGCAGGCUCUGGAUGCAGGGAUGAUGUCGCUUGUUUUUACGAACUCGUCGCCUGCGCUGCCGGCCUGGGGUGGGAAGGAGAAGCUUAUGGGUGUCUCGCCCAUUGCGUGUGGUGCGCCUUCGGGGAAUCCGAGCCGGCCGUUCAUCCUUGAUAUGGCGCCUUCUGUUGCGGCGCGGGGCAAAAUUUACAAGGCGUUGAGGAGGGGAGAGCGCAUUCCGACGGACUGGGCUUUGGAUGCGGAUGGGAAGCAGACGGAUGAUCCGGCGAAGGCUUUACAGGGCGUGAUGUUGCCCAUGGGAGGACCGAAGGGUUCGGCACUUGCUAUUAUGAUGGAUGUCUUUUCUGGGGUUUUCUCCGGGGCUGCGUUUGCGGGCCAUGUCACCAAUCCUUAUGACCCGUCCAAGCCGGCGGACGUGGGACACUUCCUUGUGGCUAUCAAGCCGGAUUUGUUCAUGACUAUGGAUGAGUUCCGGGAACGCAUGGACUAUCUAUACAAGCGAGUGACGGAAUCUGAAAAGGCGGCUGGGGUGGAUCGGAUCUAUUUCCCCGGGGAGAUUGAACAGGUUAUGGAAGAGUGUCGACUUUCGGAGGGUAUUCCUUUGGCUGAAGCGGAGGUUGCGAGCUUGAACGAGGAAGCCGAUCUGGCCAAAGUUGAGCAUCUGAAAGUGCGAUCUGCUUGA